AUUCGCCAAUGACGUGCUAGUUAUAGGAACAGAUGAAGAUGACCAUGAUGCAGACAACCUGUAUAAUUUCCAUCGUUCUUUUCUGCGCAUGGCCCUCCUUUAUGAAGAUUUGAGGGAAGCCAUCAAGUACGAAGAUGGCCCAAGAGUUAUCCAACAUUGGCGAAUGUGGUUACUGUACUUCCUCGCAACAAAGAGAAGCAACUACAGCAAUGAAGCAGCAAAUCUCUUAGCCAAUCUGAAGGCUGACUUUUCCAAGAGGCUUGCUUACAUAGUAACUCACAACAGAGCUGUUAAUUCUCUGGGCAUACCUGGUCAUGGGAAAGCAAUAGACAUGGCAGUAGAACACCACAAUCUUGUCAUCAAAACAGCUUUACGAUCUUCUGGUGGCAGUAUCACCCUCCAUCAUUUAAGAGUAAUAAGCUUAGCAUCUCAGCUAUUACAUGAUGCUGCACUGUUAUGCGAUCAGGAAGUUCAUGCUCCUCAUGUAGGUACAAGGCAUACAAGUACAAGUGCUGAAAAAGACAUCCAAAUGAUGACAUCCAAUCUAUUGGCCAGUCAAGUCACUUGUCGGAUUCCCAAAAGAAAGUUGCCAUCUAACAGACAUUUCACAACACCAGAGAAAAAAGGAUAUGAAGUUGCCUUAUCCAAGCAAUGGAUUGCAAAGUUCCUAAGUAAGACAGACCUGAGAAUUGAGGACAAUCAGUCCACUGAAGACCAUGAAGAAAUUGAUUUUCUUGAUGACAUACAGCUAUGACAGAAAUAGACACAUGUACAUAAUAUCGUAACUACUUGUAUUGAGAAACAUAGCCUAAAGUGAGUUACUAGUGAUUUGUAAUCUCUCCUAAAACAGGUCUACAAGCUGAA